AUGGUGCGGUUGUCGUGUCCCUUUCGAGAGUUCCCGAGCGCAGAAGCCUUGGCGAUCCCCGCCCAUUGCAGGGUCGAAAGCUCCCCGCUAAAAUUAUUCUUCGAGCUUCCCAUGAACAUGAACGUGCAGUCUGGCGACAUGCGCCCAGCUGGAGGAGCUCAGCAAGUCAUGGCGCCCGUGAUCUCUCCCUUCUUCGACCCAGGGACACACUCGUCUGCGCACAACCUUGGAAUUGUGCAAUUGCGCCGCGACCAUCUCAUCCCAGCCGUCCUUGCGCCGAACGGCGACUCCGACUAUGCAGAGGGCAAGGUAGAGAACACUCGAUUCGGCUCGUUCCCUCACAGCACGCUCGUCGACCAGCCAUGGGGCACGCAGGUGUUGGCGUCGGUUGUCGACACGGGGUCACGUGGGAAAUCGAAGAAGCGCAAGAGAGAUGGGAGAGACGAAGGCACGGAGACGCCGACCACAGACGCGGCCGACACAAAAAAGGACAUUGUGAAGGCCGCGACAGCAAGCAGCGGUUUCGCGCAUUUGAUACCGCCCACGCCAGAGACCUGGACGCUCUCCCUCCCGCAUCGGACCCAGGUCGUCUACACCCCAGACUACAGCUACAUCCUCCAGCGACUGCGCGUGCGACCGGGCGACCACCUGAUUGAAGCCGGUGCGGGCAGCGGCUCCUUCACGCAUGCCGCAGCCCGCGCAGUGUACAACGGCGCGCCAGGCAUGCAAGACACGUCCUACUCUGCCGCCGACAUGGAGGAAGAGGACAACGCGGUCGGCACGUCGCCCAAGAAGCGGAAGCGCAAGCGCAAGACGCGCCACGGCGGCGUGUACAGCUUCGAGUACCACGAGCCGCGCGCAAAGCAACUCCACGCCGAGAUCGUCGAGCACGGCCUCGACCCUGUUGUGACAGUAACGCACCGCGACGUCUACGGCGACGGCUUCAACCUCAACGACUCGACGAGCCCAGCAGCCGACGCCGUCUUCCUCGACCUACCCGCGCCAUGGCAAGCGCUCAAACACCUCGCGCGCACACCUCCCUCCGCCGCCACCGUGCAAGCCGCGACCUCCGACCCAUCCACCCCGGCCGAACCCACCCCCUCCCCCUCCCCGUCUAAACCCUUCGUCUCCCCGCUCAACCCCCGCAACGCAGUCCGCAUCUGCACCUUCUCCCCCUGCAUCGAGCAAGUGACCAAGACCGUCGCCGCGCUGCGCACCCUGGGGUGGGUAGAAAUCGACAUGGUCGAGAUCCAAGCCAAGCGACUAGAAGUACGGCGCGAGCGCGUCGGGCUGGCCGAGGAGGGGCUACGGGGCGGCAACGCGAGCGCAGCGACGGUGCAGGAGGCGGUGCAGCGACUGCGGGACGUCGAGGGCCGCGCAGCCGUGUUCCACAGUCUGCAGAAGGAGAAGCAGGACGAUGUGAUGCGGCGCGCUGAGCUGCGGAAGAGGCAGAAGGCCGGUGCCGCUGCUGCUGCUACUGCUACCACCACCACCACCACCGACUCAGAACAGACACAGAACAGCCAAAAAGAUAAAAAAGGCAAGCUGAACAUCCCCAAACACGGUCUGCCGCCCAGCAAACACGACCGUCUCGACAAGGCGAAGAAGGACCUCGAGACGCGCGCGCUGUACAAGGAGGGCCGGUUGAUCCACCGCACAGAGCCCGAGCUGAAGACGCACACGUCGUACCUUGUCUUCGCGGUCCUGCCGCGCGCGUGGACGGCAGAAGACGAGGAGAAGGCGAGGAGGAAGUACGGAUAG